AUGGUGCCCCAUCCCCAACUAGUUGAUUCCAUUGCAAAAGGCAAUGUCCACCAGUGCCUCCCUGAGUCUGCCUGGGCCACCGAUUUAGCUGCGAAAUACGAAGCUGCGAAGAAGAUCACUGGAGUCGAAUCCACAGCCAACGUUGUGUUUGAUCCUGCUAAGCACCUUCAGUUCUACGCUGAUGGCCCCAUUUCCAAGCACAAGUUCAACAACACCAGAAGACUCACAAUGGAAGAGCUUGGCUUGACCCACAAACACCAGAUCUCUCCUAUCGGAGUCAGUGAUCCCUUUCCCCUCUUCACCGAUGAAGCCAUUGCGCUCAUGAGACAGGAGAUUCUCCAAAAGGACUUGUUUCUCAAGUACUCGAGAUACUGUUAUAGCUCUACCUCCGGUUUGGACAGUGUCAUGAGAGGUUACGUCAAGAACGACGAUGUGAUCGACGCUCCCUUCACGUACCAAGCUUGGAAGCACCCCAAGACUAUGGAAUUGGUAAGCAAAAUGGCUGGGGUAGAGUUGGAAGUUAUCAUGGACUACGAAAUUGCCCAUGUUAACGUUUCAAUGAAGGACCCUGCCCAUGCUGCCGAAGAAAGAAUCGUCCAUGCUCAAGCAGCCAGUAAGGGAGACUCCAACGGGAAUGACAUCCCAGCUGUGGUCGGAUGGCACCACGACAGUUACCCAUUUGUUUGUGUAUUGAUGUUAUCAGACACCACCGAGAUGAUCGGCGGAGAAACUAGCUUGAGAAUGGGCCCCUCUGGAUCGGGUCAAGUAGCCAUCGUUCCUGGCCCUCAGGCCGGAUAUGCAGCUGUCCUCCAAGGAAGACUCAUAGAGCACAUUGCCCCAAGCCCUAUUGGUAUCUCCGAAAGAAUAACCAUGGUUACCUCCUACAAGGCCAAAGAUUGCAUGAAGAAAGACACUUCCGUUUUGUCCACUGUCAAACCCGAAGUCAAUUAUGGCUCUAUUUACAAUAGCUUCUAUUCGCAAUGGGUCGACUACCGUGUGAAAACGUUGAAGGAUAGAUUAGAUGUGAUUAACUCUGGUUGUAGAGAUAAGGAUGGUAACUUCCAGAAACAGGAAACCAUCGAAUUAUUGAAGGAAACAGCAGAAUAUUUGCAAUCUACUUGGAAAGAGAUGGAAGUUUCCCCUAGCGAAUGGGAAAAGAUUGAACAAGCUAUCAGGCCCAAGUCGGGCUAG